AACACACACUUUACCGACAAACUCAAACUCCGUUGGAAAUCGAUGCACCAUAAAAUCAGGCACAUAUUUCAAUUGCAUCAUGUUUAUGGUGGCAUCAUCGGUGGUGCUGACGGUUGUUGUGCUCAACUAUCAUCACCGCACGGCGGAUAUACACGAAAUGCCGCCAUGGAUUAAAUCCGUUUUCCUGCAAUGGCUGCCAUGGAUUUUACGUAUGGGUCGCCCCGGCCGUAAGAUCACACGAAAAACAAUAUUACUAAGCAAUCGCAUGAAGGAAUUGGAAUUAAAGGAACGUUCUUCCAAAUCACUACUAGCCAAUGUGCUGGAUAUCGAUGAUGAUUUCCGGCAUACGAUCUCCGGUUCACAAACGGCGAUCGGUUCAUCAGCAAGCUUCGGUCGCCCCACAACGGUGGAGGAGCAUCACAAUACAAUAGGUUGCAAUCAUAAAGAUUUGCAUUUGAUUCUUAAAGAAUUGCAAUUCAUAACGUCGCGCAUGCGCAAAUCCGACGAUGAGGCGGAACUGAUAAGCGACUGGAAAUUCGCGGCAAUGGUUGUGGAUAGAUUUUGUUUGAUUGUUUUUACGCUCUUUACAAUUAUCGCAACGGUGACCGUUCUGCUGUCGGCUCCACACAUCAUCGUGCAAUAAGCCUAAAUGCAUAUGAGACCUAAGCAUAAGCAUAGGAUAGACAUAUUCAAACUACAUAUAUACCUUAAAAAGAAAUAUUUUUUCCAGAGGAAAAACACUUCCAAAAAUAAGAGGAGUAGGAAUGCAAGUUGAAAAAAAAACAUCACAAUUAAGUAGUUUUAGUUUAGAAAAGUGAAACUACUCAAUACUUAUUGAAUUAGGCGAAAGACCAAUUGAAAAGUUCACAAAAAUCAAUACAAAAAAAAAUUGUUAAUUAAAUUUUUAAGAAAAACUGAAAACUAGUUACAAAG